GUUGGUUCGCUUUCGAAAGUUUCACAUCCGCAAGAGAGCGGCAAGGCAAGAAGAGGCAAAGUAGGCAAGCAAAGUCGCGCCCGCGAACCCGACACGCUGCAGGCGAUGACCGCAUUCAUAUGCGUUUUUAUAUUAUUGUGAGUGUGCUGUCGUGUUGUUCGUUCCGUUGAGUGUUACGAAAAUGCUGCAUAGGUGAACAAUCGAAAACCAAAAGUGUUGUGAUUGUGAUAUUAAUUCUCUGGCUAUUUUAUUUCUUACUUUAACUAUAAUCUAAAAAAUGCCUUGCUCUGCGGUUACUUUGUCUAUAGCGACCAUUACAGCAAUCGUCGCUGCAGCUUUAAUGGCUAUAGCAUUUUCAACAGACAACUGGGUUUUUAUUGAAGUCAAACGCAGCAAAAUUAUUGAGGAAUACGCAGCAAAGAGCACCGCCGGGAACUCCCAGGUUCUGGAGAACUUGAACAACAAAUAUUACUUCUACACGAGGACGCGUGGUCUCUUCAGGAUCUGCUACCCUAAGGAGCGCCCUCCCACAGUGGAGAUCUACCUGUCCCCGGUGGAGACGCACUGCAGCAAUGUCGACUACUUCAUCCCCGACGAGAACAACGAGACCAAAGGACUGUCUGAUGAUGCCAUGAACAGGUUGCACAUGGCGCGGUCAACCGUAGCUCUGUUCAUCGUGGCAUUCCUCUCUCUCUUCAUCGCGUUCUGGACCGGCGUGGUGGGCUGCUGGAAGCGCAGUCCCGGCAAUAUCACCGCCACCGCCAUUCUCAUGCUAGUCACAUGCUUGUUAGCAGCAGGAGCCAUGGCCCUGUGGCACGGCGUGGAGUUCUACGAGCGCGAGAAGGUCGUCGGCGAGGAGUACUACCAGCAAUGGCCUGAGAUAUUGCGUAAAUUCGCGCGUAUAAGAUACGACUGGUCAUACAUGGUCGCGUGGUGCGGCGUGGCGCUGUCACUGUUGUCCGCCAUUUUGUUUUCGUCGGCGGCCAUUUGCUUGAGAGGCGAGCGGGAACGGGAGGAGGCGCUUAACAUGCAGUACCUCAUGCCCGUGUACCCGCAGAAGCAGCAGUACGCGUACGCGGGCUACCCGCCGGCCGCGUACCCCGGGCCGUACUACCCCGGGUCGCAGUACGGGCCCUACAACUACUGAUCUCGCGACCAGAUGAGGGACCUCGUGGCGGCGCACUUCGCCAACCCGCCCGCCCCGCAGGCGCCCGCCCGCAACCCGCCCUCCCUCGCCUACAGGUCAGUCUCCUCCGUCGAGACCUACAACUCCCACCGGAAAAUCAAACGAUCCAAGCUCGGCGACAAGAAAGUAUACCGUCCUGUACGGAGACACACUCUAUCCAGAAUAGACGAAGCGCCUCAACAAACGGUUAGACCGAGAUCGAGAAGCUUGCAGCAUUCCACGGAUUUCUCGUCGACCCGACCGAUAUUGCGAUCGCGGUCUAACAUUUCGGCGGACACGAGCCGCAGCGUCCCGGUCUGUAACCAAAGCCAAGAGAUUGAGAACCAAAUCGAAAGCGGCAGUCCUCAAUACGCCGAACCGAAGGAAGGCUACGACUCUGCUUCGUCGUAUGACAGACCCGUGUCUAUGUCUGAUCUGCCGAUAAUGGUGCCUAUAGAUCCAGCGACAGGGGCGUACAUCGCCUAUCCGGACAUAUUCCGCAACGACGGCUGCAGACUCAACCCUCAGCGGUGGAGACGCAAGAAGUCCUCCAAACACAACAAUUUGUACUUGGCGUUCAUGUAUUAGAAUUAGGUUGCGCGGGUGAAGGCGACACGACCAACAGAUGGUUAUGAGUUUCGAUCAAACGCCGUUACAGUGUAUGACGCCACAACCCAUUAUUUUUUUCUAAUUCUCUAAACAUUCAUACACUGCCUUUCAAUGGGUGGCCCGAAUCUGGUUGAUAGAUAAUUCUGUUACUAUUGGCACAUUUACUUGCCGCGGUAGGGUCCGUUCGGUCUAAAAGCGUACACACUUUGCAAUUUGACUAGCAACCGUCGAUCACACAGCAAUUUGUUGAAAGGGAUGCACACAUGUAACCGAAAUCCUUAUCUCUCGUUUGAAUACUUGCAUCCCAUAGUGCGACGGAUUGCAAAGUGAGUUAUCGCUUUAAGUGAUACUUAAAAACGACGACUUGGACCCCAACGGCAUCUAAGCACGGCUUUACGAAACUCUACACCACUUGGGCUUACACUAUCAAUCACAAGAAAUUAUAAUCUACAUAUUCGAUUUAGUAUCAAUAUAAAUUCAACUCUAUGGUGUGAACUUUAGAACUCAAUUCAGAUUGAUAUUUUAUCGGAUAUGUACUGCGUUCUUGAGGUUGAUACGCCCUUUCCAAGACUCGAAGUUUCAUUUCGAACAAAUAUAUCUUAACGAAUUUAGUAAUAAUGUAAAAAAACGGUGUACUUAUCGUGAGAUACCCACAGUUAGCAGUAAGUAGGGUGAUUCCGCCAUAAGAGAUCGCGAUUCAACAAAACAUUUAGUUUUAAGAUUGUAAGAUGUAAUAAUUCUAUGCAUAAAUCAAUUUAGGAUGAAUUAAUGAACAAAUUCUAUAAUUAUUAUUAUACUGUGCCUUUAUCCUUUAUAUAAUCGAAAUGCUCAUUUUAUAAAUGGAAAUUUAGAAUGACAUAUCAGUAAGUAAAUUAUUAUUUUGUUGUUCAAUAUUUGCAUAUUUACUAUUUCAUAUUAUCAAUACAUGAUAAAUGAGACAACGCAAUAAACAAAUUGAGAGAAAUAGAAUAUAUAUGUUUGAUAUAUUGUUAUUUCUUUCGUAUAUUUCUAGUUAGAUUAUGAAGUGACUGAUAGGCCGUCCUGUGUGAGAUUUGUGUAAAUGCAUAAUUUCUCACAGAUAACGUAAUUAAUAUAAUUAGUCAGAAAUACGCGUAGGUCUAGUAUUAUAGUAGUCCCGGAAGGCUUUUGUAAAUUUAAAUUUAUAUGGAUUAUCGUGAUCGGAAUCUCUGUAUAGAGGUUUUACACAAUAUUUUAAUUAAUUACAAUACAAAUGUAUCUAUAAAAUUUUUCGGAAUAAAAUUUGUAAAAGUGA